UGAUAAUCGUGUACCCAGUGAACAUGUUUACCUGUCGUUUUACCUGUUGAUUGAAGUGUGUACGGCUGAUCAAUAGCCGGCACCUAGCUGUUGGUUUGUCAGAUGAUAAUAUACGCGUGUAUGAUAGGAUUUUAGGCCCUUUGUAAUAGAAUAUCCUUCGAAGUAGCCCACUGAACAGUGUGUUAACGAGCUUAUAGACCGGAUUAUUACAUCACAAAACUAUUGGUGGAUUUAACAUUCAUUAAAACUGAAGAACAGGAUGGUGAUGAUGAGGGUGGUGGUCAGCUGCCUGUAUCUUUGUCUGCUGACCGCUCACCCACUGACUGCUGAGGAGGAGGAACAGCCACUGGUUGGAGAGCACCUAAACCAGUUCAUUAUACAGGUAGACAAGCGGGAUCUUGAGGAUGUGGCCAGGGAUUAUGGCUUCCAUGUGGAGAAAGAGCAUCAGCUGGAGGAUAUUGGGCUCUACUCACUGGUUCAUCCAGAGGUUGCCACUCGAUCCAAACGCAGUGCAGAUCUUCACCUCAGCAAACUUAAGGAUGAUCCUCGGGUGAGAGAAAUCACUCAACUCAAAGUGUUGGACCGAGUGAAAAGGGAGAUGAUUUAUGACAAACAGAUUGAGUUUCCAGUGAGGAAUAUUAAUCCUUCAGAGUUUUAUCGUGUUGACAAGAGUCAUUUUUCUCUACGAGGAAUGCCAAAUCCAGACUGUCAUGAUGACUUCCACAUGGAAUUUAACGACAAAUUCUAUGAUGAUUCCUGGUUUAUUUCCAAUGAAGGACAGACAGGAGGAAAAUGUGGUAUAGAUCUUCGUGUGAACAAGGCAUGGCGAGGAGACUUUUCUGGCCGUGGUAUCAGGGUGGUCGUCCUGGACGAUGGCCUUGACCAUAGUCAUCCUGAUCUCCGUGGUAAUUAUGACUCUGAGAUCAGUGCUGACUUUAACGACAAUGAUUCUGAUCCUAAACCGGACCUUACCAACCCUGACAACAGCCAUGGCACCCGAUGUGCAGGAGAAAUAGCAGGUGCUGCCAACAAUGGUGUCUGUUCUGUAGGAAUAGCCUACAACUGUAAAAUUGGAGGUGUCCGAAUACUGGAUGGCAUUGUUACUGAUGUAUUGGAAGCUAGAGCGAUCAAGCACAAACUUUCAACCGUUGACAUAUACAGUGCCUCCUGGGGACCCCGAGACGACGGUAUGACCAUGGAAGGACCCAGCCUGGCCUCCAGGAAGGCACUGGCUAUGGGAGUGGAACAGGGUCGUAACGGGAAGGGCUCGUUGUAUGUCUGGGCCACUGGUAAUGGUGGUAUAAAUGAUGACUGUUGUGGAGCCGAUGGCUACGUUGGGGCGAGGGAGACCAUAUCUAUCGGGAGUAUCAAUGACCAAGGGAUGCGGCCAUGUUUUAUGGAAAUCUGCAGCUCCACCAUGGCAACAGUCCCCAGUGGUGGGGAUUCAUGCAAUACAUUCGGAAAAGGGAACAAACCUCGAAUACGCGUGGUAACUACAGAUGUCCAUGGAGGAUGUACUCUCAAUUUUGAGGGCACCUCCAGUGCUGCACCUAUGGCUGCUGGGGUGUUUGCGGUGGUUCUAGAAGUAAACCCAGACCUGGGAUGGAGAGACAUACUCCAUAUCAUUGCCCUCACUGCACGCAUCCCAGUUCCUGAAAAGACUGGAUGGCAUGUCAACGAUUGUGGCUACCAUACCAACCAUGAACUUGGUUUUGGCGUACUGGAUGUGGCGACCAUGGUUGCUGUGGCCCAGACGUGGGGAAAUGUACCAAAAGAGAAUGUUUGCCAUGGCCCCCGUAUCACAGUUAACAAGAAGAUCGACAGUAACGCCUGUGUUGAAAUGAAGACCAGUGCAUCUGAUUGUCAGAGUGACCCUAAUCGUCGCAUCAAUUUCCUUGAACAUGUCAUGCUCUACUUGCAUCUUGACCACAGUCGCCGUGGUGACAUCGAGAUCAAAGUGACAUCUUCAACCGGAACCAUGUCAACGAUGAUGUACAGAAGGCCUAAUGAUGAUAGUAAAAAAGGCAUGGAUUUUACUUUCAUGUCUGUCCAUUUCUGGGGUGAAAGUGCCUCCGGGGAAUGGACUGUUGCCGUGUGUGAUAACGACAGUGGAUCUAAUCGCAAUAAUCAGGGCUUUAUACACAGUAUGAAUAUGACUUGGUAUGGACUGCACAUGUCAAAAAAGCCACGCACCACCCACAAACCAUACGAGCCUGAGUACAAAGACCAGAUGGCUAUUAUACGUAAGGAGAAAACACUGUAUCAGGAAGAAACCAUUGUAAAACGUAGCGAUAUCCUCCGUAACAAGAAACAUCGCGGCCUUAGCAGAAAGGUGAAAGGGAAUGAAAUAUCGGACCAGGAUUUAUCAGCUCUUAUCUCAGAUAUUAAGAUGGAGCUGAGAGGACAGAACUUUAAUAAGUUCAGAAGUGAAGGUCGUCAGGUUCAAGGUCAGAUGAACACACAGAAGCGAGGCUAUGCAAAUGAGCACAUCAAUACUUUGAAGAAGCAUUUCGGGGAGCACAUAGAGAAUAAAAAUGAUGAAGAACUAGAGGAAAUAUUAGAUGAAAUAGAAAGUAUUUUUGAAGGAAAAGAUCGAGUGCGACGUCAGGCUAAUGUUGAAAGACACCUGCUAAGUAAGCGUUGGUCAGAGAGGCCUGAUGUUAAGUUUGAAGACGUAAUGGAGGAUAUCUACAAUAACAAGGUCCAACACUAACCAUGCUUCUAAUUCUCAACAAAAAAAACAUGUUUAGAUAUGGAAGUUUUAGGGAAAAUAUGGAAAAAAAACAUGGAAGUUUUGGGGAAAAUCUGGAAAAAACAUGAAAGUUUUGGGGAAAAUCUGGAAAAAACAAAUUGAUUCAUGUAUACAGUAUCAUUUCUGAAUUGUUCAUGUGGGAAAAUCAAAUACAUAUCAUCUUUAAAUACGAAAAGCUAAAAAGAAAUCCUUAGUUAAUCUUAAUAUUUAAAUACAUUUUUUGGUAAAAUCCAUGCUAACACAGACUAGCUAGUACAGAGUAAUUCAGGACACAUUGGAGGUACACCAUGAUUGCUAGUCAGAAAACUUUCGGUCUAAAUUUACUUUUUGUUGAGUUUUAGAUGGUGAGUUAUCCACUGUGACCUUCGUUAGACUUAGUUAUUGUAGUAUUCAGGGGUCUGAAGAUCACACAAUCCAUGCCAUUCAUGGCUGAUUUACUUCUUAAUUAAUUUGGUACAAGGGAUUGUCAUUUAUGAGAUUUUUGUCAUAUUUUCAAUGUUUCUAGAAUGGUUUCCUUACUUUUAGAAUGGUUGUCACUUUAGAAUGGUUUCCUUACUUUUAGAACGGUUGUCACUUUAGAAUGGUUUCCUUACUUUUAGAACGGUUGUCACUUUAGAAUGGUCUCCUUACUUUUAGAACGGUUGUCUCUUUAGAAUGGUCUCCUUACUUUUAGAACGGUUGUCACUUUAGAAUGGUCUCCUUACUUUUAGAACGGUUGUCACUUUAGAAUGGUCUCCUUACUUUUAGAAUGGUUGUCACUUUAGAAUGGUUUCCUUACUUUUAGAACGGUUGUCACUUUAGAAUGGUUUCCUUACUUUUAGAACGGUUGUCACUUUAGAAUGGUUUCCUUACUUUUAGAACGGUUGUCACUUUAGAAUGGUUUCCUUACUUUUAGAACGGUUGUCACUUUAGAAUGGUCUCCUUACUUUUAGAACGGUUGUCACUUUAGAAUGGUCUCCUUACUUUUAGAACGGUUGUCACUUUAGAAUGGUCUCCUUACUUUUAGAACGGUUGUCACUUUAGAAUGGUCUCCUUACUUUUAGAACGGUUGUCACUUUAGAAUGGUCUCCUUACUUUUAGAACGGUUGUCACUUUAGAAUGGUCUCCUUACUUUUAGAACGGUUGUCACUUUAGAAUGGUCUCCUUACUUUUAGAACGGUUGUCACUUUAGAAUGGUUUCCUUACUUUUAGAACGGUUGUCACUUUAGAAUGGUCUCCUUACUUUUAGAACGGUUGUCACUUUAGAAUGGUCUCCUUACUUUUAGAACGGUUGUCACUUUAGAAUGGUUUCCUUACUUUUAGAACGGUUGUCACUUUAGAAUGGUCUCCUUACUUUUAGAACGGUUGUCACUUUAGAAUGGUUUCCUUACUUUUAGAAUGGUUGUCACUUUAGAAUGGUUUCCUUACUUUUAAAAUUGUUUCCAUACUUAAAGCAUGGUUGUCUUUUCAUGAUUGCUUGCUGACUAUUAGCAGUUGUCACUACCUAAAAUGUAUAGAUUAAUAGAAUCUAUCAUGGGCCUGUUCCGUGGACAGGGAUAUCUCAACCUGAGUGUUACUCCUAUAACAUAAGAGGCCGCUGGUCGGCUCUUUUUCUAUCGGAUAUUAUUUUGCCGACUGCGACCUCUUAUUUCCGAAGCACUAAUUCUUUGAUGCAGUUUCCGCCCGAAAUCCGGGCGGAACGAAAUAUGCUUGAAAAAAACACUUAAGUGGUUGACAGGUCAUUACAACGAUGUCUACGUAUCAUGUAUGACUAUUAUCGAUACAGAAUCUCUCUUAGCUCCCUCUACUUUUUACAUGACUAUUAUCGAUACAGAAUCUCUCUUAGCUCUCCCUACUUUAGCAUGUCUCUAUUGAUGUGCAUUCCAUUGUUUUGGUAUGACAGGUACAUAGUUUUGACACAGUAAUUGUUUUGUAUUCCUGCCUUUACUAAUGCUAUCUUCAACAUAAUCUUAUCUUCAAAGUGUUGUGAACAAAAUGGUUGGUAAUACUCAUCAUCUUUAAAUGUUUUAUAAAGGAAAUUUUUUUUUUGCUGUUUGGGUACCACGAUAAUAUACAUGUACAUUUUUACUAUUUAAUCUUUCUAAUAAACAAUAUGUUUUUGAUGAUGUUUUAUAUUCAUGUAAAAAAUACUUUCGGUGUUGAUCAAUGUAAUACCUAUCAUUCAAGCUGUGUAAUUGUGACAUUGAAUGAGCACAAAUUAAAAAAAACAUACUUAUCCUAGCGAUAUUGUUGUAGAACUUAGAAAUUCCUUUGUUUAGAGAUCAGAUAUUCCCACCUGUAGAGGUCAAAUUGACCCACCUGUAAACAUAAUUUUGUUAUACCUGUAGAGGUCAAAUUACCCCACCUGUAAAGAUAAUUUUGUUAUACAUGUAGAGAUCAAAUUGUUCCACAUGUGGAGAUAAAGUUGUUAUACAUGUAGAGAUCAAAUUGUUAAUAUCUGUAGAAAUCAAAUUUGUCCACAUGUAGAGAUCAAAUUGUUCCAUCUGUGGGGAUGAAUUGCUCACCCUCUUACCAGUUAUAUGAAAUGUUCCCCCACCUGUAGAGGUCAUAUUGACUUGAGGUAUUAAAUGAUAACAGUCCUAUACCAAAAUAUUAUAUGGUGUGUCCCAGUUUUCUAUGUCCAUAAUGGUCUUGCAAUUUCAUUUUACCAAAGAUCUGUGAGCUAUCAACAUUUUUAUUAAGAAAGGCUUAGACCUUCCAGUUUUGAUAAUGUUAUAUUUGAUGUUCCAAGUUCUGUUUUCCUUGCUAUUUUGAUAAUGUUAUAUUUGAUGUUCCAAGUUCUGUUUUCCUUCCAGUUUUGAUAAUGUUAUAUUUGAUGUUCUGUUCCAAGUUCUAUUUUCCUUGCUAUUGAAAUACAUUAUCUUUUUUAGCAUGGAAGCAGACUUUACAGAACAUCAUUAUCAAAUGUUUGAUGAAUUUAUUCCAAGAAAUAAUGUGUUAACCAUUGUUAUGUACCUCACAUUCGGAAAUCCAUGCUGUCCAGGUAUAAUGUAUAAAAUAAUGUAAUACAUUUACAAUGUAUAUGUAAUACACGAUUCUGAAAUCCAUUGUUUGGCAUGCUGGCCAGGUAUAAUGUAUACAAUAAUGUAAUAAAUUUACAAUGUUUAUAUUUUAUACACGAUUCUGAAAUCCAUUGUUUAGCUCUUUGCCAGGUAUGAUGUAUACAAUAAUGUAAUACAUUCACAUUGUUUAUGUAAUACACGAUUCUGAAAUCCAUUGUUUAGCUCUUUGCCAGAGUAAUUUUAUUAUAGACAUGCUAGAACAUAAGAAAAUGUUGUUUCUAACUAAAUCAGUUGUCUUGUUUUGACUUAAUGUGAUUUUGUUAAAUUUGUGAAAUUCUAAAUUUGUUUGAAAUCUUUUAUGAUAAUUGUUGAGCAAUAUAGUGAUGAUCUGUUUUCUUGUUAUUAGAAGUGCAAUUGUUAUACCAGAAUCUGAUGUUUUACACAUCUCCAUCCAAAGUACAGGUGUUUGAUCGGCUCCUUCCCUUUCAGCAAGGUUACUACAGUUUCUACAAUACUUAAGCCUUAAGUGCUAAUAAUUUAACAUAGAAGAUAGUGCUGAUAUGUGUAUUACUAUACUACUCAUCAUUAGUGAUGUAGUGCCUUUAAGGGGAAUGGGCCAAUCAAAUAAAUCACUGUAGGUCGAACAUAUAGGAGGCACCAUUCCUAACCUCGCUACUUAAUCUCAUUCCAUUUCUAACUAUAUUGUAAGGUUAUUAAUAUGCAAUAUCGUUGAUGUGGUUUUAAUAACCUUUUUUCGUCUUGUUAAAAAAAAUAAAAAUUUUGCAAAGAA